AUGCCCAAAUACCUAGGCGACUAUUGCGAUGUCUACCUGACGCACGAUUCCAUGAGCGUGCGGAAGGCCCACAACAGCGGUCGUAACCAUUUGCGCAACGUUGUCGACUACUAUCAACAAAUCGGUCACGAAAAGGCCCAGUCUGUCAUCGAUUCCAUCACCUCCUCCUAUGCCGCCGAAGGCCAAGCGCACAACAACCCCAUGCUGCCCCAGAACCAACCGGGCCAGGCCUUCCCGCCGCCGUUCCCCUUCCCUGGAGGUGUACCACCUCCCUUUCCCGGCAUGCCCGCAGGCGCGCCCCCUUUCCCUCAAGGCAUGAUUCCUCCUCCUGGUCCAGGUGGUCGCGGAAUGCCAUCCAUGCCCCCCUUUCCUCCCGGUCCCAACGGCUCGCCCAUGCCGCCCGGUGGCCUGCCUUUCCCCCCUCCAGGAGGUCUCCCCUUCCCACCUCCCGGAGCGCCAGGCUCCCUUCCCCCGCCCAACUUCCAGUUCCCCGGCAUGCCACCGCCGGGCCCUGGCGGCUUCCCCCCUGGAGCGCCGCCUCCCGGUGCGUUCCCACCUGGUAGCGCACCUCCGGGGCAAGAGCAGCGGUAA